AUGGUGUUUACUCAAGAGGAUGGAUUUUUCAACUCAAUCUCCAAAAAUUACGGACAAGAUUACGCUACACUCAUGAGGACUUGGUUAAAAACUAAUAUCAAGAUAUGCACGGCAACCCAACAAUUAAUAUUCUUGCUUCGAUGUAGAAGACACAAUAUCUUACCUCCGCAUAUUCGAAACCAAAAAUUAAACAUCACUCUUCACAACAAACACAGCUACCAUAGAUUAACUAACUCACAGAAUUCAAUCUUAGAUUCCUUUUGCAACUCAGACAGGUCGAAAUGGAUCGUUAACAUUUGCAACAAACAAGUUCCAAAAAGUGUCCUUGAUUUCUUAAGUCUAGGUGAUAAGUUCGGCCUACCUAUUAACAAUAAAAACCUAAAAGAUCGCAGCAAUUUCACUUUAGAAAUAAUAAAAAAUUUUGAAAUUAACGCUCACAAAAUCCCAGAUGAUAUCUUAGAUGAGACUCGUUCACUUAUAUGCAACAACUUAAAUAAGUUCCUCAAUAAAAACAAUCAUGUUAAUACGAUCGAUAAAUUUUUGCUCAGUCAAUUUUCUUCUUGCAACCGGUUUUUGAGAGAUAACGAAGAUGUCUUUGUUACGAGAGCUGAUAAAGGACAGGUGACUGUUGUCAUGAAUAGAGACUCGUACACUGAAAAAAUGUUAGACCUCUUAAAUGAUAACAACACCUAUAAAAGCAUCACUAGGGAUCCCAUUCGAAAGAUCACCAAUAAACUUCAUGAACUAAUCAAAGCAUGGCUUGAUAACGACAUCAUUAGUGAAUCAACCUAUAAAUAUCUAAAUUGCACAAAUGGCAAUCUUCCCCGUUGUUACGGCUUACCAAAAAUCCACAAAUCUGGUUAUCCGUUACGUAUAAUAGUUUCGACAAUAGGUAGCCCAUUAUAUAACAUUUCAUGGUUCUUACAUAAAAUCCUUUUUGACUCCAUACCUAAACCAAAAUCACACAUUAAAGAUGGUUGGACUUUUGCUUCUAAUAUUAAAAAUUCGCCCAUAAAAGACAAUGAACUAAUGGUGUCCUUGGAUGUGACUUCGCUUUAUACAAAUGUUCCAAAAGACCUUAUAAUCAAAGGCAUUAAAAAGAGAUGGAAUGAUAUUUCAACAUCUACUAAAUUAAGUUUACCUCAAUUCGUAUAUGCAAUAGAACUCAUACUUCAAUCAACUUGCUUUUCCUUUAAUAAUAAAUUCUUUGAACAAAUUUUUGGUACACCUAUGGGAUCUCCAUUAUCCCCCAUACUAGCUGACAUUAUAAUGGACGACCUAGAAACACACUGCAUUGAGUCUUUAGAUUUUGACAUCCCG